ACAAUGUGAUGUACGUUAUAAGCAGUCCUGACACUAAACCUCUGGUUAUACAUUUGCAGUGAAGGUAGAUAGCAGGGAACAGCCUCUGACUGCAUUAAAUUCCCUGGGCUGCACACAUGUGUUGGCAAGGGAGUUUGUAGCCUCUUGUGAAGUCUGCCAGCUUUUCCUUGACCGCUGUGUUAACGGCCUUCUGCCUGGGUUGGCUCAGAGCCACCUGAACAACUUCCAUUCCUAUUGCCAGCCUGGAGGGAGGAGAGAAAUAACACAAACCAGUGGUGGAAAGUGUUCUGCUUUGGAUUUGCUAUAUCUAAGAUAUUGACAUAUGUACAUAAAUGGGAGCGAAGUUUAAUGUUAUUUUCAAGAGUGUUUCUUGGUUAAGCACUGACUUUUGCAUCCAUGCUCUUUCCAUCUCACCAGCGACUUUUGUGAGAGUAAAGGGAUCUGGAAUUUCACCCCUUGAAGAUGAUGAAGAUGCAUAUGCACGCAAUAGAUAUAAAGAAACACCGUGGUGCUCUCCCAUUAAGGUGAAACAUGGUUAUGCAAACUGCAGGACACCUCAAGGGGAAUAUUACAAGAAUGUGCUGGGGACAAGAUGUGAUAUUCGUUGUCAAAAAGGCUAUGAACUACAUGGCCCUCAGCAGCUCAUCUGUCAGUCAAGUAAACGCUGGUCUGGGAAAGUGCUGUGCAAACAGAAGCGCUGCCCCACACUCUCCAUGCCAACCAACGGGGGAUUUAAGUGCUUGGAUGGUGCCUACUUUGGCUCCAGGUGCGAGUACUACUGCUCACCAGGGUACCAGUUGAAAGGUGACCGCAUAGUGACAUGCAUGGACAACAAAGCUUGGAGUGGCCGACCAGCUUCCUGUGUGGAUACAGAACCUCCGAGAAUCCAGUGCCCAAGUGUGAAGGAGAAAACUGCGGAGCCCAACAAGUUGACGGCCAGAGUGUUCUGGGAUACCCCGGAGGGAAGGGACACCGCUGAUGGGAUUUUGACAGAUGUUAUUUUGAAAGGCCUGCCACCAGGGUCACAUUUUCCAGAAGGCGACCACAAAAUCCAGUAUACUGUGUAUGACAGAGCUGAAAAUAAGGGCACUUGCAAAUUCCUUGUUAAAGUCAGAGUCAGGCGCUGUGUGAAACUAAAUGCUCCAGAUAAUGGCUACAUCAAGUGUUCAGGUGAUGGAAAUAAUUAUGGUGCUACAUGUGAAUUUUCAUGCAUUGGAGGCUAUGAGCUGCAAGGCAGCCCAGCUAGAGUGUGCCAGUACAAUUUGGGGUGGUCAGGAGCAGAGCCAACCUGUGCACCCAUGAAUAUUAAUGUGAAUGUGAGGACUGCAGCUGCACUUCUGGAUCAAUUUUAUGAGAAGCGGAGACUGCUAAUUAUUUCAACUCCUACUGCAGCCAACUUCUUCUACAGGAUGCAGCUGGGAAUGCUGCAGCCAGCACAGUGUGGCUUAGACCUCCGACAUGUUACUGUUGUUGAGUUGGUUGGUAUCUUCCCAGCGCAGAUAGGAAGAAUAGGUGUAAAGCUGCUUCCCCCUUCACUUGCACUGCAACUCAGGCUGUUGUUGAGGAUCCCCCAUUAUAAUUUCAACAUUGUGGUGAUGGACAAGCAUGGAAUGGACAAGGAACGCUAUCCUUUCCCAGCAACACCAGCUGAGCUCUUUGCACUUAUUGACAAUUUUCCCUUGAGAAAAGAAGAGAUGAAACUGCAAGCAGAAAUUGGCCAGUCAUGUCCUUAAUUCAGAAUUGCAGGGCUAGCAUUUUGCCAGUGAAUUUUUUUAUCCAGAUAAUUCUUCCCUCGGUGCUACAGAAAGCAUGGCUUUUUCAUCACUGAUGUACAGAAUUGUUGUGUGUAUCAUUAUGUCUGUGUAGCUGCUCUGCAUGGGCGUAUGCAUGAUGCUUUUUUGUACUUUCAAAGAGUAUCUUUAGAGAAACGUGUAUGUAGGAUUGCUACCCAAUAGAAUUACUUGUACAGACAUCAAAGAAUUGAGGUACGUCUCCUGGGGUUUAUUUUGGAUUUUUCAUUCAGUGUAAAAUUCUUUCUUCCUGUUUUAUAAGUCUUUUAUUAAUAAAAUAUUGUUUUGCAAAGAAA